UUAACUUAGUCGUGCUUCUCUUAUUCCAAGUCAUCCAUUCACGGAUCGCUAAUAUACAGUGUCAGGCAGCAUGAUAAGCCCCAAGAAGCUCAUGACCAGGCUGGUGAGGAAGAGCCAGAAGAUGGAAGAAGUGAAUGCGGGUAAUUCUAAUAAAUCAUCAGUCGCUGAGAAAGGCCAUUUUGUUGUCUACACCAUUGAUCAAAAGCGCUUUGUGUUUCCCUUAAUGUAUCUCAACAAUGACAUCUUCCUUGAGCUCUUAAAGGUGUCUGAGGAGGAGUUUGGACUAUCAAGUGAUGGUCCUAUUACAUUGCCAUGUGAUGCAGUCUUCAUGGAUAAAUUAGUCUCACUCAUUCAGCAAGGUGUUAGUGAAGGUCUCAAGAAAGCUCUGCUUGAUUCGAUUACUGCCAGCCACUGCUCAUUAUCUGCUUCUUUCCAUCAAGUACACGCAGGCCAACUUUCAGUUUGUGGCUACUGA